AUGUUCCUUGGACCUGCUCGACUUCAUCGAUGCUUUCUUCCUCGGCAAAUCAUCGUGCGAUUCAGUGCUUCCAGUGAAAAAGUGAAGGCAAGAGAUGAUGGCGUCACUGUCCAACCUAAUCCAAGACUGAGGCGAGGUGCGGAUGAAAGAGACAUCACCACAAUGGAUCUCAUAGAAGAACGUAUUCGACAGAGGUCGGGUUUGCGAGAAGGAUCAUUUGGAGGACAGAAACAGUCAUGGAAUUAUAGAAGUGAAAUUGUCGACAAGCUUGGUCUCGACAACAAUCACCGUAACAUUUGGAUAGCAUAUACCAUCAUAAUUUUAUUUGGUUUCACUGCGUUCAUUUAUGUCAAGUCAAAUGUUGUAUUGAGUAGGAAGGAGCAAAUGGAACAGCGUGAAAUGAUGCGCCGUGAGCUCAAAUUGAUGGGUGCAGAUCGAAAGAAGCUUGGAGUGGUCGAUAGUUAA